AUGGCUCGCUCACUAUGGUUCAGCUAUGGUGGAACGCAUUUUGUCGAAAAGUUCCUUGCGGUCCUCGUCAUCAUCGGGAAAAGUCAUCCGGAGGAAGUCGCCAAGUUGCAAAGUGAAAUAGAGUUACUCAAGCAAACAAUCGAUUCUCUAAAAGUUUCAGUAGAAAGUAGAGAUGCAGCAAUAGGUACGCUAGCUCGUGAAAAGGAAAAAAUAUACGUGGAAUUAAAGAGCGCACAAAGAACAAACAGGAAUUUACAUCAACAGCUUGUUGAUGAAAGGGAUAUUCAUUCUAAGGAAAAGGAUUUUCUCAUAAAUGAGAUUAAGAGAUUGACUAAACGAAACGAAUACGAAAGUAACGAGCAGGAGAGUAAGGAUUUAACUGAAGAUCAAGUAAAAAGCUCUUUGCAUGAAGAAUUAAAAGCUAAGGAUGAAGUUAUUUAUAACAUUGGAACUAAGUAUCUAAAAAUAAAAUCGAGCAAAAUAUUCUUUCAAAAGAAAUUGGAAAAAUUACAAGCACAGAACAAAAAGACGUGCGAGAAGAUUAUUCUGUUGUUGCAAGAUAAUAGAAAAACGUUGGACAAUCUUCUGGAUAAGCUUUUAAAAUCUUCUUCAGUAUCUCCCAAUAGUAAAAAGUAUUUAAAGCUAUUGCAAAUAAAUGCCAGCUUGCAUUACGAAAACACUCAACUUAAAAUAUACCUUUCAUCUCAACAAGAGUCUACCAGCAGCAACAGCGUGCCGCAGCAUCACUCAGACAGGUGCUGCCCCGUAGACACCGACAAGCAGACGUCGUUUGAAACCAAGUCCGAGGAAAAAAUGAAUCAUUACAUUAAUACAAAGUUCAAACUAUUCAAUACGCAUGGUUUUGAAGCUCUGAAAAGUUUCAAGUACAUUCAUAGAAGUUUUUCGCCAAAUGUUCGAGGUACGAUUUAUAGGUCAGUUUCAGAUUCUUGCAUCGUGAGAUCGACGUUAAGUGAAUUAGUGAAUGCUAGUAAUAUAUUGUAAAUCUAU